AUGGUUAAGGAUACACGCCUAUAUGAGAUUAUAGGGGUGUCUCCUGAUGCUACUGCAGCUGAAAUCAAGCGUGAAUAUCGAAUUCGUGCUCUAGCCUUACACCCAGAUAAGAAUAGGUGUGAUGAAACUAGUAAGGAACGUUUCCAAAAUCUACAAAAAGCUUAUGAAGUUUUACGAGAUGAGCAAUCUCGAGCUGAAUAUGAUGAAAGUGGCUAUAUAGAAGAUGAUUAUAAUGAUAAUUCUAGUAAAUGGAACAACCUAACUAAAUUUUUCAAACAAUUUACAAAAAAAGUUACAAUACAAGAUAUUUUAGAGUAUAAAAAGAUAUAUAGGGGAUCUAAUGAUGAGUGGGAGGAUAUAUGUUAUUUAUAUAAUAAAUUUGAUGGUGACUGCACUAAUUUACUAGAAUAUAUACCCUUUUGUGAAGCUGAGGAUAUAGACUACUAUAUAGAUAUUAUUAGAAAGGCAAUUAAGGACCAAUUAUUACCUAAGAGAGAUAAAUUUGAUAGUUCUAUUAAUAAAAUACGCCAGAAAACUAAGAAAUGGAAGAAACAAAGAGUUAGAGAAGAGAAACAAGCAAAUAUUGGUAAUAUGGAUAAUUUAGUAUUAGCUAUAAAAGGUAAUAUGAUGAAACGCAAUAAGAGACUUACUCAAAUUUUUGCACAAUAUGAAGAAAACUCAAAUGAUGAUAAUAUAGAUGAGGCUAAAUUCCAAGAAAUCCAGAAGAAUAUAUUAAAGAAGCCAAAAAGAAUCUAA